AUGGCGCCUAUUUCGAUUGAUAUGUUGAAUAUUCCCCUUUAUGCUCUUGUAGCUGGAGCUAUUACUUUCACAUACUUGUCCUGCAAAGCUGCACGAGGGUUUCAAAGUUGGAAGUAUUCUCGUGAAAAUGACUGCAAGCCACCAUUGCAUAGUGUCUCCCACGGCCCGUUCGGCAUCAGUAUGAUAUUGUCAAUGGUCAAGGCUGGGACCGAAUUCCGAUUCCCCGAGCUCAUUCGUGGCUGGCACAGAGAUUACGGCACUACAUUCAAAGCAAAGAUGGGCGGGCGGAAAGCCAUAUUCACUGCCGAGCCCAAGAACAUCCAAGCUGUGUUGGCACUUAAGUUCAAGGAUUUUGAGCUGGGGCCCGUUCGCAACGAGGCAGCACGUCCAUUACUGGGUUCAAACGUCUUUACUACAGAUGGCAGUGAAUGGGAACACUCACGCGCGAUGCUUCGUCCUAACUUCUCUCGUACCCGCGUUUCCGACACUGAUAUCUACGAAUCUCACGUUGCCAAGCUCAUCAAGCACAUUCCCCGGGAUGGGUCCACGGUUGAUAUGCAGAAUCUGUUUUUGAGAAUGACUAUCGACACUGCAACCGAAUUUCUCUUCGGAGAAUCGACCAACUCCCUCGCAGAUUUAAAUCCAUCUGCUCCCGGCUCCACAUUCGCCAGAGAGUGGGAUAUCGCCCAAGGAGGAACCGCGACACGUAUUAGGAUUGGUCCUCUGAUGCAUUUUUACUACAACCCCAAAUUCUGGAAGGCAACGAAGUCGACCCGAGCGUACGCCGAGCGAUUAGUCCAGAAAGCGAUCGACUAUCGAAUUGCUGUCAACAAUGGCCAAAAGGUCCCCGAAGAAGUUCAGAAGCUCAUGGAUAAGCAAUAUGUGUUUUCUUUUGAGCUUUCGAAGGAAACACUUGACAAGAAACAGCUCACGGAUCAGUUACUUAGUAUCCUGCUAGCUGGGCGUGAUACAACUGCCAACACAUUGAGUAUCACCUUCUUCCACCUGGCAAAGAGUCCCGAAAUUUGGAACAGAGUUCGACAAGACGUGCUCGCCUUGGAAGGACGCCGACCGACAUUCAAUGAUCUGAAAUCCAUGACGUAUAUGUCGUGGGUUCUAAAUGAAACAUUGCGUUUGUAUCCUAUCGUCCCCUUCAACAUCCGAAUGGCAAAGAAAGACACACACCUCCCCGUCGGCGGUGGCCCAGACGGAAAAUCCCCCUUGCACGUUCCGAAGGGCUACGAAAUCAUGUACAGCGUAUACACUAUGCACCGAUCGGCUGAGUUCUACGGCCCUGAUGCUGAUGAGUACCGUCCCGAGAGAUGGGAAAAGUUAAGACCUGGUUGGGCGUAUCUCCCGUUCAAUGGCGGUCCGCGCAUCUGUCUUGGGCAGCAGUUCGCCUUGACUGAGGCUGGUUACACCAUCGUUAGAAUUAUGCAAGAGUUUGAGGCGAUGGAGAGUCGAGACUCGAGGCCUUUUGUGCAGGAUCUGAAGUUGACUAUGUCUAGUGCUAAUGGGACCAUGGUUGGGUUUACGCCGGUCUCGGUGUCCUGA